CGGUUGGCGUGCAAGUACGCAUUCGUCCGCCACUCAAAACAAACACAUUUAUUUAUACUCUUGUUUUGUAUGUGCGUGGUGCUAUGUGGGGUUCAGUGCAUAUGCUUCAUGUAAUGUCUAGUAUAAUAUCGUGUCUCCGGCUUAUCGUGCGCAGUUAAUUUCUAUAAUCGUCGGGAGGGAGAGAUGAUUUCCCCUACUGCAUUGGUAAAAAGGGUGGGGGUGGGCGGUCGUCUCGUCCCAUUCUUCAAAUGUGUCUGCGUGUAUUUCCUGGCCAUGGGCGCGGGUGGGAGCGAUCCAUCCUUGAUCGGCGUGGCAACAAAAUGCGCUCCGAUACUUUGCCUGCUACUCGUCGUGGUUCUACACCAUGGAUCCUUGCCUUAUGAGAAAGGUUGGUACGCGCGACGGAUCGCGGCCGGUCUGGCUCUAUCAGCCCUGGGUGAUGCCUUCCUCGUCUGGCCGCAGCACUUCAUCGCGGGCAUGGCGGCCUUUGCGGCUGCCCACAUAUCCUACAUAUCAGCUUUCCGGUUCACGCCGCUCGCGAAGCCAUUAGCUCCUAUCGUCUACUCGGGUUGCGGGUACUACAUGACCUUGAUAACUCCGCCUGAUGGAUUGAAGGUGUUGGUACCGGUGUACGGAAUUUUAUUGAGUACAAUGGCAUGGAGGGGCCUGGCCAGGGGUCGGGCGGCGGCUGUCGGUGCUGUACUGUUCCUAAUAUCUGAUGCUAUACUGGGGUACAGCCUAUUUGGAGGACCGGUUCCUUACAAACAAGUACUGGUGAUGUCGACGUACUACCUGGGACAGCUUGGGAUAGCACUGAGCGCACUGGAUGCGCGGACCACGACGGAUCAAACAAGUUAAUUUUUUUCGAAAACUGCUCUUCUGUAGAUUAUGAGGAAUGGUUUAUUGACUAGUUAAGACCCCAAGUGAGAAAGAACGCGCCAAGUAUCAAGAUUAUUAAAUCGGACUGUCUUCCUUCAGAACGAGUGCGAGGAUGAGUUAUAUCUGAAGUUCAAUUAAUAAUUGGAAAUGUUUUAAUACGCUUUUAUUAGCUUCAGACGUAUAUGUGUUAGUAUGUAACGGAAUCUUUGAACAUGAUUUUGAUCCCUUUCAAAACGUUGGAUUAACUCGA